GGGGCCGGGCUAACCAUGGCAAAGGACGGGGAGGAGGCGGAGUUCUACCUCACCGCACUCUAUAUAAGCGGGCAGUGGCCGCGGCUGCGCGGUGAUACUGACCUUCAGGGUAGCGGCUCCAGCGCCAUGGCGCCCUCCAGGAAGUUUUUCGUGGGGGGGAACUGGAAGAUGAAUGGGCGAAAGACGAGUCUGGGGGAACUCAUCAGCACUCUGAACGCCGCCAAGUUGCCAGCCGACACCGAGGUUGUUUGUGCACCCCCCACUGCCUACAUUGACUUCGCCCGGCAGAAGCUAGAUCCCAAGAUUGCUGUGGCUGCACAGAACUGCUACAAAGUGACUAAUGGGGCCUUUACUGGGGAGAUCAGCCCUGGCAUGAUCAAAGACUGUGGAGCCACGUGGGUAGUGCUGGGGCACUCGGAGAGAAGGCACGUCUUUGGGGAGUCAGAUGAGCUGAUUGGGCAGAAAGUGGCCCAUGCCCUGGCUGAGGGACUUGGAGUGAUCGCCUGCAUUGGGGAGAAGCUAGAUGAGAGAGAAGCUGGCAUCACUGAGAAGGUCGUUUUCGAGCAAACCAAGGUCAUCGCAGAUAACGUGAAGGACUGGAACAAGGUGGUUCUGGCCUAUGAGCCCGUGUGGGCCAUUGGUACUGGCAAGACUGCAACACCCCAACAGGCCCAGGAGGUACACGAAAAGCUCCGGGGAUGGCUUAAGUCCAACGUCUCUGAUGCAGUGGCUCAGAGCACCCGCAUCAUUUAUGGAGGUUCUGUGACCGGGGCAACCUGCAAGGAGCUGGCAAGCCAGCCUGAUGUGGAUGGCUUCCUCGUGGGUGGUGCAUCCCUCAAGCCUGAAUUUGUGGACAUCAUCAAUGCCAAAUAAUAAGCCCCAUCCAUCUCUGCUACCCUUCCUGCUAUGCCAGGGACUACGUAGCUCAGAAGCCCCGUAACUGUACCCCGCUUCCCACACAUGCUUCUGAUGGUGUCAUCUACCCCCUCUUGUGGCCUAAUCCAAAUUAUACCUCUUCCUUUACCGUUUACACCUUAUCCCAUAAUGGUUGGGACCAGGCCAAUCCCUUCACUUAUUGUAAUGGUUGGAAUAAAACAUGUCACCAAGGUGGCUUCUCCUUGA